UCCUUCUUUCCUUCAUCAAGAUCGUGACAGAAAUGGGUACACAAAUUACUAUUAUCCACUUUCUGGGUUGUGAAGCCAGCGUCUGAUUCAUCCUCUUCGUCCGUAAAAAUCCCAUCUUUAAUCUACGGUAUUUUCCUCGCCCUACUUCUGUAAUCACAGAUCUGGCUCAUGUUGUAAGUUAAUUGUUCCAAGAUUUAUCUUUCUAGGGUCUUUUUAUCGAUAUUGAAUCCAUUGUUUUGCUAGAAAUGAGAUUAGGGUUACUGGGUUAGUGUAUGUGAUUGAAAACAAAGAUUAGGGUUCUACUUUUUCAUCUUUUCUGUUAUGGAUUACAAUCGAGAAGGAGGAAAUACUGUUCAGAUUCUCACUGGAUCUCAGAAUUGGGGGUCUGAUUCAAUUGAUAGUGCGGUUUGGGCAACUGAAGAUGAAUAUGGAGCUUGGAACAGAGAAGCUUCUGUUGAAGCUUCUUCAAACCCUAAUUAUGAUACUAGGACACGUUCCCCUCCAAACAAGAGGAGGAAUUCACAGCCUGGUGGUGAUAAUAGAUCGAAGGCAAUUGGAAAGAUGUUUUUCAAAACUAAACUUUGUUGUAAGUUUAGGGCAGGGACCUGUCCUUACAUAACAAACUGUAAUUUUGCACAUAGUGUUGAAGAGCUAAGGAGGCCGCCUCCGAGCUGGCAAGAGAUAGUGGCGGCUCAUGAGGAGGAGAAAGCUGCGUCGUCUGGGGAACCGAGGGAGGAGUUUCAGAUUCCAAUUGUGGGUUCUUCGUUGUCUGUUGAGUCGCAUAGGUCACAUAAAGGGAGACAUUGUAAGAAGUUUUAUACUGAAGAUGGUUGCCCUUAUGGAGAUAGUUGUACUUUUCUUCACGAUGAACAGUCUAGAGCUCGGGAGAGUGUGGCUAUAAGUUUGGGCCCGGGGAGUGGAGGCACUGGUGGCGGCGGUGGUGGUGGUGGUAGUGGUGGUGGUGGUGGUGGAUAUGUGGUGGGUGGUGCAGCUGGAUCGAACAUCAAACCGACGAAUUGGAAAACUAGGAUUUGCAACAAAUGGGAGAUGACGGGUUAUUGCCCGUUUGGUAACAAAUGUCAUUUUGCCCACGGAUCUCAAGAACUGCACCAGUAUGCUGGAGGACCUAUGGAGCCAGAAGGCGCGGCAGUUACACCUUCAGACAUGAAACGAGGGACAACAACUUUGACAGAUAAUGUAAUUGUUGGAUCCGCGAGUUCAGUUUCUCAAACGGAUGGAUAUCACAUUGGAGUUCCUCCACAAAGGUUAUCGAUAUCAAUUGGGAGGACUACACCAAAACCGCAUCAAAAGUGGAAGGGUCCAGAUAAGAUCAGCCGGAUAUAUGGAGACUGGAUUGAGGACAUCGAAUGAAACCUUAAAUUAAUGUUUAAGAUUAUGAAAUCUCUUUGAACAUUUUCAUAAAAACCUGGAUGCUAAGAUGUUGUGUUUGUGUUUUAAUCCACAUGAGCAUGAAAUUGCAUGUUUUUU